AUGGACAACUCGGCGCUUAGUGCGACCUCCGCUUCAUUUCUCGUUGCCCCCGCCCUAAGCGCCUACCAUAGCCAACCCCCUCUCAAGAAAUGUCACAAUCGACCAGACAGACCGGCGCUGGUCGUCUCCGUAGAGCGGUAUCUCGCGUCCCCAAGUGCUGCCACAGCUUGUACUCUCCACACAAUAGCGCAGCAAUUGUCCACCCAUAGCGAAAUCUUCUCUAGGAACCACACGACGCUCUGUCUUCACCUUCUGGACGCUCUUGCUGAUCAGGUGCUUGCUGUAGCAGCGUCGAGUGAAGCUCUGGAUGUACACUCCCAGACGACCCAGACCCAAGGAACACCAGAGGAUGUGCUGCCGUUGCUGGAACUUUGCUUCUUGUUUGCAAGGAAUGCUGCAAUUGGAUACCCUUCACAUCAGCUGUGUAGGCUUUUUCAGUGGCUCGUGAAGAGCGUGUCGGUAGCUGCGCUACAAAGCAGCUGUGAGACGGACACAGGGCUCAAGUUGCAGCUCCUUGUACUCGCGAAAAUGACCACACGUAGUGCUGGGAUUCGACUCUAUGUUAAGGAGAUUCAGCAGAUCAAGGACUUUUAUCGUUCGUUGACAAUGCUGAUCAGCAACACUGAGGACGCGGAACUGUUGGUGUGCAGCAUGACCAUUCUUGCGAGCCUCGUGCUGUCUGAGCCGGUGGGCAGCAAGCUUUUUAGUGGAAAGAAUGUAGACCAAGUAUUUGCUCUGGCAUUCUCCGUGCUGGACGAAUCGUGGGAUGAUGGUGCUGAUGAGAAUAUGUCAGAUGUUACCACGACGACGGACCGGCGACCUUUGUUGCAGAUGGUUAGCGCUGACUUGAUUUGCAAUCUUGCUGAUCGACGAGAAAUUUUGGAGCUGCUCGAGAAGUACCCGAAGAUUGCACCGACGAUUGGCAAUUGUAGCAUGGCGAUCAAUUUGAAUUGCGAAGUUGAGCAGAUCGUUGUUGCUGCAUAUUUUCUCUCGUCAGUCGUUCCGCUUAGCCAAGUAUGUCGGAAUAUGGUGAUCAAACGAUUUUCCGAUCAAGACGUCUUAUACCGUGUACUGCAAGCGACGCUACACCCUUCCAAGCUUGCUGCCAUUACUGCCGCGCGAUUGAUUUCAACAGUGAUUGGCGACGAUGCCCGCUCGCUUCGCAACCUUUUCGAUUCUGCAGUAAAUGCUGAGCGGUUGAGCCCUAUUGUCGCCGGAAUGAUUCGUUGUACUGCUGAUGCAACCCGGCUGGUACAAGGGGCUGAAGACAUUGCAGAACUAAGUCACUCCAACGAAUAUCUUCACGCCGUGGUUGUGUGUCGUUUACUUGCUAAACUGAGUGCAUUGCCCGCCAUACGCUUGCUGUGUGUCAAGUCUAUCGGUCUAAACCAGAGUGCAACGCUGAUACAAGUGGAGUCCGCUCUCAUUGGCGCUGCUGAUCCACAAGACUUAAUCAGCUGCCAUUAUUCGCUAUCAAUGCACCUAGUGGGUCUCCUCUCAAGUAUAGCGUCUGAUGAAAAUAUGGCCGACCGUAACAAACGCACGCUAAACCAAUUUCUUCAAGCUUCUGAAGUGGCUUUAGUCCUGGCUGCUGCACUUUUCAGUCGCAACGACAAAAGCAUUGUGGUUGAAGCAGUGCUGCUACUUGCGCAGUCACUCGCGAGCUCGGAAAACAAGCGAUUUCGUGCACUGGAAUUGGUGGAAGCAAUAGUUGGCUUUAGUCAGCGCGUUGGAGAUGCGAGCGAUAUCUUACGGUCAACAAUUGAAUCCCUCCAGACAAAAGUAGAAGUCAGUGCAAAGUCGGUCGAAAGCAUGCAGACUGAGAUGCAAAAAAUGUUGUGCCUCCACGACCAACUCAAAGCUGAACGAGAUCGAGUGACGAAAGACAUUGAAGCCAAGUUUGCAGAGCAGAUGAGGCAAAAGGACGACGCAAUGCUGAAAAUGCGUGAUGCAUACGAAGAGAAGCUCCGCAAAGUUACAGCGCAGUGCAAAAGUAUGGGACAGCACGUAAACAAGAACCUGAUUGUAUUACAGCAGCGUGAAUCACUUCUUCAAGAAAAUCGUGUUGCGCGUGGAAUUUUAGAAGAAGAGAACAAUGAAUUGAAGCUCAGGGUGCAAGCACUUGAGACCAGGAUGGAAGAGAUCACCCACGCUCAUUCAGUUGCGACGCAAGAGAUAAAUCUUCGUGAUGAGAAAGUGAAAGAACUGCGAUUAGAAUGUGCUUCAAUUUCUGGAGACUAUGCAGCCCAACGGGACGAGCUUGCGGCGGCUUACGACGAAACAAAGCGACUGGGGACCGAGCUAAGCGAGCACAAGCUAUCAAACGAGAUUACGUACAAAGAGUUGGUGCUGCUAUCAAAAGCUCAUAAAGCUCUGUCCGACGAAAAAAAAGACCUUGAGAACGAGAUUGACAUUGUCCGCGACGAAUUGGUGAACCUUGAGUCGCUGAAUAGCUCCAUUCAGACGAGGAUGCGAGAAAAGAAAGAACUAGUCGAUCAGCUCGAGCGAAAGAUAUCACGGCUCGACGAUGAAGCUACUGCCAGCAAGAAUGCGUUCGAGGCCGAGUGCGAAAGGUGUCACGCUGCAAGCCGCAACCUGGAUCAUCUCAGGAAAGCACACCGUAAGCUCGAAAACGACAUGGCAAUGCUCGAAAUCCAAGCAGCUGAGCAACGGUUAGUAGCCGAAUCGAAGGACGAGCGCUUGCGGAAGUGCGAAGAUGAGGUCUGUCGCCUGACUAAGGAAAUUGAACAGCAAGUACAGCUACAGGCCUUGAUUCACCAGCUGAGUUCCAAUGUUGACAACAACGUGAAAGCCAGUGAUGGCUCGUCAUUUCUUGCGCGCGACAAGUAA